AUGAAGCGUAAGAGAGGACAUAAGAAAGGGAAGAAAUCGAAAAAGUCGAAAUCCAUCGCCGAAGAAGAGACCUUGAAUGAGUCCAACGAGAAGCAAACCUCCGAGCAAAGCUCUGAAGCUCCUCCCGCUGAGCGCGAAGAAAACAGCGAACACGAAUCAUCGAAAAUGGAAGCUUCUUCCACUGUGAGUGGCAAUUCAUCACCACCUAUAGCUGCUUCUGCUAGUAGUGUAGAUCCCGUUGCGUCGUCAUCGGUUUCGCGUGUCAAGGUUAAACUAAAGACCUCGAAAGCACCAGAAACUACUACUGAUGAUACCGAGAAGAAGAAGAGCAGUCCUCCUCGAGUGGAGCCAGAGAAACCUGUUGUGGCGGCUGUUGUUGAGAAGAAGGAGGAACCGGUUCUUCGUAAACCGGUUUUUCUGAAUGUUUAUAGGAAGACGAAAGGGAUAAAGAUCAAGUCGAAGGCGGUGGAUGGAGCUAGCAGCUCGGUUACUGAGAAGAGUGGUGGUGGUGAUGCUGUUGCUGCUGUGGUUAAGGUUCAGGACGUGAGUGUAGUUGAAAAGGAAACGAAAACAACGCCUAAGGAGGAUUCUCAAGUUAAGAAGGUGGAAGUAGAACCGGAAAGUGCGCCGGUUUCGUCUUCUCAGAACGAGGUCAAGAAGACUGAUCAAGAUUCGAGAUACAAUAAGCAAGAACUGGAUGAUUCUCUUACCGUGAUCAAGAAGAUUAUGAAGAUGGAAGCUGCUGAUCCAUUUAAUGUUCCUGUUAACCCUGAAGCUCUUGGAAUACCUGACUAUUUCGAUAUCAUCAAGACACCUAUGGAUUUUGGAACGAUAUGCAGUAACUUCGAGAAAGGCAAGAUAUACAUGAACUCUGAGGAUGUUUACAAGGAUGUCCAGUACAUUUGGAAUAACUGUUCCAAGUACAAUAAGAAAGGCGAUUACAUCGUUGACCUGAUGAAGCGAGUCAAGAAGAAUUUCAUGAAGUACUGGACUUCUGCGGGAUUGUAUACUGAGCAAUCUUCAGAGACUGGUCAACAAGAGGAUGGUGGCAAGGCUUCCACCAAAGGUAGUCAAUCAAAGCAGAAGAAACGCCAUGGAAGGCACCAUAAGAGUGAUUGUAUGUGUGCGAUAUGUGUGUUGAAGCGACGUAAAAGAGAACGUCAAGGCUCUCAAGAGGAGUCUUCACCUGUGGGAAGUCCAUCUGUGGAUAACUCAUCAAUAAACAUGGGUGAGGAGCAAGACAUGGAAGUCGACGUCGAAAACAAAACCGGACAAGGAAGCACAGAGAUCGUGGAGCUAGAUAGUCCCGUGGCAAAACGACAAAGAGUGAGUGAAAGCAAACAAGAAGUAGAGGAAGAGGAAGAAGAAGAAGAAGGUAAAGAGGAGGAAGAAGAAACUCUCGAGGUAGAGAGUGAAAACAAAACCGAAGCUAAUGUAGAGGACAAGACUCAAUCCAUUGAUAGAGUAAUGGAAGAGGCUGGUGAUGACCCUGUGACUAGCUCUGCAGAGAAACUAGUUGUUUUAGCUUCUGUCGAAGCUUCGAAAUCGAUUCAGAACGAGGAAGAAGAGAAAGAGAAACGACUCCGAGAGCAAAAGGAAAUGCAGGAGUUGAAGCGUAAAGAAUGGAGAGCGAAGAUAAACGAGAAGUUCCAAAUCCGAAACUCGAAGGUUCUAAACCUCUGCGAAGCUCUCUUCCCGAGCAACGACGACCGCGGUUCUGUAUGGAACGGACCUCACUCUCUGUUUAAACGUAGAGGAAGUUCUUCAAAUCGUAGUAGUAGUUCCUUACACAAAGCAGUUGAUGCUUUGAUGAAGUCGUAA